AAAUUAAACAGCGUAAAUACAAGCUAAAACAAUGGCCAAACCUAAACCCGAAGAUGCAGCUGAAGACGCCAAAAAGAUUGUAGAUGAGGCGAAAAAUUUCAUUGAAAAAGCAGUUGCAGAUAUUGGAAAGACUUCUGCAACUAAACAGCUAAUUUUAGGAACUGCGUCAGGAUGGAUCACAGGCUUCAUCACCAUGAAAAUUGGCAAAGUUGCUGCAGUCGGAUUAGGUGGAAGUGUCAUUUUGCUACAUAUUGCCAGCCAGAAGGGAUAUAUUGACAUAAACUGGGACAAAAUUAAUAAGAAAGUUGAUAAAAUUAGUGACAAAAUUGAGAAAGAAACAACAGGGAAGUCUCCCGAUUGGUUUGAAAAAGCGGAGCGCUUUGUUGAUCGUAAAUUGGAUAAAGCAGAAGGACUGUUGAAAAAGAAGGAAAUUAAAGCAAAACGCUGGUACAACAACUUUACAGAUGAUGGGAGUUAUCGCGCUACUGAAAGUCAUGUGUUUUUAGCAUCUUUUGUUGCUGGCAUGGCAGUAGGGUUACUGUGUGGCAAAUAGAAUUGAUAACAUUUAAAAAAUGUAUAUUGUAUUGAAAAUCCACUCCACUUGCAUAUUUAGUGAUUUAAGUAGGCACUGUCUGGGGCAGGCACUUACACCAUUUUUACGAUACUUUGCGGUGCUCGAAGUAGGUGCUAUUCUCACCGCGGUCUUGGUCUCUCGUCGUCUCGUUGACGCCAUAUGCCGCACGAUAGCGUAAGCAGGGGACCAAGCUUAGGCCCAUUUCCCCCAAGAUCAGUAAUAUUUAUAAAUGGUUUGCUUGAUAUUUCUUUGUAGAAAUAGUAUGUAUGGAUAUUUUAACAAACUUGUUUUUAUAGAUUGAAUCUAGUACUAGAGUCAAUAAAUUAUUGUAGAUAUAGAAACCAUA